AUGGGCAUCACUUCGAGCCGCCCCGACGAGGGCGGUGUCCUCUAUUUGCGCGACCAAAACCGAUUAUCCAUCUCGUCGCUCGUCAUCACAUCGGCCCGCCGGCGCACCUCCGUGAACAUUGCGCCCAACGCCUUUCCAGCGACCCGCGUCUCGGCCACGCGGUCCCUUGGCGACAAUGCACCCCUCGAAUUUGUGCAGGACACCGAUGCCUCCGCCGCGCCCGGCCCUUCAUUUCUCCUCAAACUCUCCAACGAUGAAGAGCUGACAUUCACCUUUACAUUCGUUAUACGACAGACACCGACAUCUGCCAGCACCGUGAGCUCCACAAACGCCACAAAUGCAGCCACCGCCGGCGCAACAGCAGGGACGUCAGCCGGCGCGUCAACAGCAACGGGAGCCAGCAGCGUCACGCAAGCAUCAGCCGCUGCCAACUCUGGCGCAUCCGACGCCAAUGUGACCUCCUCUGGCACUGCCGCUGCAGCGGGUGCUGCGUCUGCCAUUGACACCGUGAUCAACGGCCUCACAUUCGUACAGGCAUCCAAUCUGCGCGAGGUGGACAACCUGCUUACGCGCGAGUUCCACGCCGACCCGAACCUCCACAAAAACUCCAAUGUAGAGCUCGUCGGAGACUUUUCCACUGGUGGCAGCCCAUCCGUGACCUUUGACUGGUCAUGGCGGUGGAAACCGCCCAAGAACUUGGAGGACAAGGGCGGUGGUUGGCGCAACUCGUGCAGCUUUGUGGAGUACAACCAGCACACAAACCCUCAUCCUACACCCAGCUCGCCUACUCCUCCUUUCCUCCUCAGCGCCCCGCCCAAGAUCCGCGUCGCAUCCGCACAGUCCGUCGACUCGCGCCUCAGCAGUACCAUCGAAGCGAUAGAGGAUGCACCUAACUCACCAAGGAUCGGGAUACCCGAUCCCAUCGGCGCUACCGGAGCCACAGCGGCAGCAACCGUACAGGCACAGCCCGCACCAACUACUGCGCCGCCGCCACCUCCAGAGCCAGUCAAGGUGGACGUUUCGUGUCCUCGACCCGGCGAUGACGUGUCUGUGGCGGACGACGGCCCUUUGUUCCGUGCAACCAUCAAGGCUCUCGAGCAAAAGACUGGAAACAUGCGCAUGCAAAUGAAGAAGGUCAUCAAGCGCGCCGAGCACGCCUAUGCAACGAUGGUGGACUCGAACGAGGCAUUUUCUUCGUUCAUUGACGCCCUGAAAGAGACGUCGUCAACCAACGCCAACGCCGUUCAACCGGCCAUCGACCACUACUUUGACAAGAUCGCCCGCGAAAUUCUGGCGUACGAACGCCAGAACACAUUCAACCUCCAACGUAUCGUCAUAGACCCCCUGACCAAGCUGUACACCUGGGACAUCAAGCAGGCUGAGGCCAAGAAGCGCGACUUUGAGGAAGAGAGCAAGGACUACUACGCAUAUGUCGGACGCUACCUCGGCCAGCGGCAAGACUCUCUAAAGUCUAAGAAGUUGGCAGAGAGCGACACCAAGUACCAGACCAAGCGGCGCAACUUCGAGCUCAAACGCUUCGACUACUCAUCCUUUAUGCAAGAUUUGUCAGGCGGUCGCAAAGAGCAAGAAGUCCUGUCCCACCUGACGCGCUACGCCGACGGCCAGGCCAAAUCGUUCCUCAACACAGCCAAGAAGGUUGACGUCUUGCUGCCCCAGCUAGAGGCCCUCUCCAACGAAGUCCAGCUCGCCGACAAGGAGUACCAGUACCAGCGUCGUGAGCGUGAAGAAAAGCGGCGCCUUCUUGAAAAGAGCAACGGUGCAUCCAGCAGCGCACCUUACGCCGACUCCGACACUUUCUCUACGGCACCAACGGUCAACAGCAAUAGCGUUGGCGUCGCCAACAACGGCACCAAUGGCGGGCCAUCAACAACCGCCACCAUCGCCAACAAUGCCACCUCGGCGCAGUCCAACUCGGAUUCGGAGCUUGGCCGUGCCGACAGCACGGGCUCGCAACUGCGCGUUGGUGCAGCGCCUGGUACGGCCGGUGCUACGACCACGGAUCUGUCGCGGUCACCGGGAAGCUUGGGCUCUCACCACCUCUCAGUCGGCAGCCCGCAACAAAACUCCAAGUUCAAGGGCAUCCGUGACCUCGAGGAGCGCGACCCUGCUCAGACGGUCAAUCUGGAAAAGAAUGGAAACCAGCGCAAGGAGGGACUUCUGUGGGCAUUGAACCGUCCGGGCGGCCAUGUCGAUCCUCGCUCGGCACUGAAUAAGCAGGGCUGGCACAAGUUCUGGAUCGUCCUUGACCAGGGCAAGCUGUCCGAGUACAGCAACUGGAAGCAGAAGCUCGAUCUACACAUGGACCCCAUCGAUCUGCGCAUGGCCUCGGUUCGCGAGGCACGGAAUGCGGAGCGUCGGUUUACUUUCGAAGUGAUCACGCCCCAGUUCAAGCGCGUCUACCAAGCGACGUCCGAAGAGGACAUGAAUAGCUGGAUCUCGUCCAUCAACAACGCCCUUCAAAGCGCCAUGGAAGGCCGUGAGCGCUCAAGUGCGGCCCCCGUCGUACCAACCGACAACGGCUCGUCGAACUUCCCCAGCCGUGACAUUGGCUCCGUGUUCACCAACAAAAGCACGUCUCUGACCCACGGUCACCGCGGUCGUGACGGUCACGGCAUCGGCGCUGUUGGUGGCGCCGUGGCCCAGGCCAUGUCGGGUGGUAGCAGCAGUGGCAGUGGCAACACGGGUAUCCCGACGCGGCGUAUCACCGUCGGUGGGCGGCCCAGUGCGCCCCGUGCUCCCAGCAGCAGCUACGAGGAGAAUCCGGACAAGCUGCUACAGAUGCUCCGCGACAACGACCGCGGCAACUGCUGGUGUGCUGACUGCGGGUCCGGCGCCAAGGUCGAAUGGGUGUCCAUCAACCUCGCCAUCAUCCUGUGCAUCGAGUGCAGCGGCAUCCACCGUUCGCUCGGUACCCAUAUCAGCAAGGUGCGCUCGCUUACGCUCGACAUUACUUCGUUUACCACCGAUAUUAUCGAACUCUUGCUGCUCGUCGGCAACCGCGUCGCCAACAUGGUCUGGGAGGCCAAGCUCGAGCCGGCCGCCAAGCUCACGCCCACUGCCAACCGUGAGCAGCGUUUGCGAUUCAUCACGGCCAAGUACGUCGACCGCGCCUACAUUGAGCCCAUCAGCGCCACACUGUCUCACUACUCCACGGCCGACGAGACUUUGCUCGCCAGUGUCAAGAAAAACGACAUCCAGCACGUCAUCUAUGCGCUUGCGCUCAAGGCCAAUGUCAACGCCACCGACCUUUCACGCGGUACGCACGUCGUCUACCUUGCCCUCGCGGCCGCCGACCCGGCAUCUCCCUCUCCUACGCCGUCGCCCAUGACCACACCACGACCAGGAACGUCUGGUGCGAACGCAGGGCCGUCCGAUCCCAAGUCCAAACAGGUGCCCUUCCCUGUUGCCGAGCUCCUUUUGCAGAACGGCGCACAGAUUCCAGCUGCACUGCCAGCGUUCCCGCUCAGCCGCAGCGCCCAGCAGUACGUCGAGGCCAAACGUGGUCGUGUCGGCGGCCUGAACAUUUUAGACAACAACAGCGGCAACAGUGGAAGCAAAACUGGCAGCGGCGCUGUGGCGGGCGCCCACCCAUCGUCGACGCCCUCUUCCGGCGUGGCAGCCAUGGAGCGCUUGGCCCGGGAGAAGGAGGCGCGACUACAAAAACGUGUGAGCGCCGGCGGGCGGUUGGCUAAGAGUCCGAUCCCCGAGCGGUAG